AUGGCCAACGCCCCCGCUCCAGGCUGGCUGCGGCAACAGCCUGCCAAGACAGAUCCUGAUAUUUUCGAUGACGAAGACCGAGCUCCUGAAAGUCCUGCAGCUGCUCGUGCUUUGCGUGCCUGUAACUCCAGGCAAAGGUCUGAUACAAGAAGAGUCAAAACCAGCGCUCCACCAAAUUCUGGGUAUGCUGCUGCUAUCCCUGUCGCCGAUGCUCCUUUCCCCUCUACUCUUGGUGCUUUCAUAGGAUGCAACCAGCGACAAAACUUGGACGAAACGCCGCUCCAACCCCACGAACACUCAUUGAACUGUGCCCUCGCUCAGAUGCAACUCCGCAUCCGGCAAAACCAGUACACCGGCCCCGGGGGAGCCCAGAUGUGGGAGAGCGACGUGGCUCGUUUCAACGAGCUCGUCACGUCUACGUACGGGAAGCGAGCGCUUGGGUGGUGUGAGAUUGCGCGGCAUACGAUUGAGGAGGAACGAGCGAGCCAGGCGCACAAUGUUCGGCAGAAGGAUGCGGUGAUCGGCGAGUUGAGGCAGAAUGUCGACCGAUUGAGGAGAGAGGUUGCGGAAUUGAAGGAUAUGGUGCCGUGGAUGUGA